AGGACGCCACUCUCUGCAGACUCAGGUUGCUGCGUCUUGGGUGAGUUGGGUUAGGUUAGUUUAGGAGAGUGGGGCAUCUGCGCACUGACGUCAUAUAACUUGUGCGCGUGAGGGCACAGUGUGUUCCUUAUUAUCGACUGCGGAAUUUUAAACACUCAAAUAUUUGAAAUGGAAGCUGGAGAGUAGUUUACGUUCUUACCGACGUUUGUUCUGUGUCGUCGCCGUUGUGUUUACUUGUGAAUCACCCGCAGGUCGCAGCACAAUAUGUACGGUGUUACGUUGCCCACGAAAAAAUUAUUGUUCUCUUUUAUUGUUCCUUUUCAAUGGUUCUGGAAUUUUGGAAUAGCAGAAAAUGUACACAUGACAAAGGUGUUUAUACUGCCAAUUGAACCAGGAAUGUUCAAUUGGACCUUGCAAGGUGUAUCACAUCAGUUUUCUUAUCGGCCUUCACUGCUAAAUGCACCAGAUCUGCCUCCAUGGAUCCACUAUGUAUAUAGUGAUAGGCAUCAGACAGGUUUUCUGUAUGGUGUGCCGCCUCAGCAGCAUGGUGAUUUAGAGUUGGAGAUUGUUGGAUUAAAUCGGGACAACUAUGAGACUCGCCGAAGAGUGGUUCAAAUAAAUGUUCAAGAGAAACCAGAUCCAGCAAAAUAUGAAGUACAGAUGAAGGUAGAUAAUUUAAAUGUGGAAGACAUGUUUGACUCUUAUCGUCUGAAUCGAUUGCUGGAUAUAUUUCGCUGUGAACUAUGGCGAGAGAGCGAGGGCGACCUCUAUGUAACAUUUCUAGCAUCAGCUGUACAUCUUGGAGCUAGACAUCCUCUACGACCAAAUGAAGGAGAAGGCGUGGUUUUGAGAAUUGGCAGCACAGCCGAGUUUUCUACAGCCCUUGUAAAGCUGCAAGAUGAAGUGAAACCACUGUGGAGGUUAAAUUCCUGUCCACGAGAUUUCAAAAGAACUACUGAAGAGAGACUGUUCAGAGAUAAAGGUUUUGUUCUUGAUUGGUGUGCCUUCAGACUGGUGGAGGCUAGUUCAUCUUCUUUGCAUCAGCAUUUUCCAAUUGGCCCUGAUUCAGAAGUAUCAGUUGAUCAGCGACCAUUAAGCCUUGGCCAUGAAGACCUCUGGACUCGUCCAUCAAAAUCUCAGGUGCCACAAAGAAGUUAUGUGAGGGAGUUUGUUUACACAAUUAUGAUUCCAAUGCUGGUGAUGAUUAUAUUGGUACUGAUUCUUUCACUCAUCCUGUGCUUCCAUCAUGAAGGAAUAAGUAAACGCAACAAGGAGACUCCUGCAGUUCAGAUGGUGCAGUACACAGCUGUACAUCGGGCAACCAACACUCUUAGAUCUCUCUCUAGCCAGAGGCGGGUUCUAAAUCCACCCUCUGAUCAGUGUUCAACCACAGUGUCUCGUUCACAUACUGCCAGUCCCAAUAGCUCCUUGCCCAGAACAAGUACACCAAGGAUGUCUAUGGAAUGCAAUACAUAUUAUCGCCCUAAUCCCCCACCAUAUGCAGGACCGACACACAGUCGUGCAGAUUUCUGACUGUUGGAAGAGCCCAAGACUUGGUACUGCUGAUGUGUUCCAAUGAGGGCCAGAAGCUAUUAUCAAUAACACAGUAGCAUUACACAUAUAAUAGUAAUUGUGUUUCAUUGUGUUAGUUUACGUGUCAUACUGAAGACACUCAUAAAUUUAGUUCCAGUGACAGCCUUACGCAUGAAAUAAUACAUUGCAGUUUUACACCCAUUUCUCUUAUUUAUAUAUAUAUAUAUAUGUGUAGACUUGUAUGUUGGCCAGUUGGUGCAAAUUCAGCAGCAUUAAUAGUGACUGUGAGCUCUGAUGGGAUUCACAUAACAAAUACUAUUAUCUUAUAAACAUAUUUCAUUCGAUCAAAGUACUUUAAAUGUAAAUAUUCCUUUUGUUAAGUAUAUAGUUAGUCAUAGUUUAAUGGGUACCAUGCCUUCAUAUUUUGGAGGUACUGGGUUUGUUUUUCAAUAAAGAGGCUUACUAUCAUGACUAGGGUUUUCAUGGUUUUCCUUGUUCUCUUCUACCAAAUACUAGGAAAUGUUUUAAGUUUAAGUGUUAUAAAUUGUGUAAAUGGCUACGUAUAUAGUUUGUUAUUUUCCUGAGAAAACAUUGAAAUAAUGUAUGUUUAGAGGAAUGGUCUGUGUUUAUUUCUGAAGUUGAUAGCUUGUACAUUGUAAUAAAACUCUUGAUGUAUAUCUCUUUUCUGAAUGUUACAUAUAAGUCUCAAAUUGUAAUGUAAAAAAGUAUGUUAGCUAAAUAUGUUUAAAAAUGUGUAAUUGAAGUUAUUAAUUUUUAAACUGUUAUAAACUGGUCAUAUGUUUAUUCUGUUAUAGUUCAUUUAAGUCCCAUAAAUGCUUGGCAAACAGUAUUAUACUAGGGUGAUUCAUGUCUUUUGUGUGUUCUAGUAAUUGUAAUUCCAGGCCUUCAUUUUCAUCAUUAUGUUUAUUGAUGUAGCAUUAACAUCAGAAUUAUUAUAAAGAAAAAUAAGUUUAUCCAUACACAUAUUUGCUCAUUUCUUUUAUGUGUUACAUUUUCAUACUUUUAAAGAGGAAAACUAAAUAAAGUGAAUUUUAUGUUAUUGCCCAA